CGAGUCGUGCCGUAUCGUUCAUGUCUCAGGCAGUCUGAGAAGUGUUUGUUUGGGUUUUCACGAUUUCCUGGAUAUCCCUGGAUAAAUCAUUUUCCACAGAUUUCGCGCUUAUCUAUUUGUCCUCUGUAUCGAGCCACGUUAUCAUUGAAUCUGUCUGACUCACAAAUCAGUGCGCGGGAUCAUGGAGCACGUUCCGGGCAAACGGCGAUCAUCGUCGGGAGAGCCAGGAUCGCCGAAGAAAGCGAAGAGAGUGGAAGAAGAAACAGUAUCUGUUUUUCGGCAGUAUGACAUUCUUUUAAAAAUUGAAAGUGUUGCAAUUAUCACCUUCUCCAAACUCGAAGAACUGCUCGGAGCAGAGAAGCAGCUGACUGCCAAAAACCUGCUGGAAAGUUUGAAGGCAGGCGUGAUCAACUGCUGGUCAGCUUUGGAAUGGUUCAUCGCAGCUGACAGCCUGGUUCGCCGACGAGUCUUAGGCACGGUGGUGGAGGUGCGCAUGGCAGCCUCAGCCGGCAGCGAGCAGAUGUUUAAUUUAGGCGAUAUCCCGACCCGAUACAAGGACGUGGGUGUGACUUUUACUGCAGUGGCACCGCUUCGCCCGAAUGCCUCCGGAUUGCCGUCAGACAGCGAUACUGUUUCUGCCGCCACCCCAUCCACGUCCCAGGGUAUCGGGUUUUCAGUCGGCGCGAUUCUUCAGGGCCGGCGUCGUGAGAGUUUUAAAGUUGUCAUCGGAGUGCUAGGCGAAACGCGCUACAUUGUUGUCAUCAACGACUAUGUUCCGGCGCCGGCGAAGAUGGAAGUGCUGGUGUUGAAGCACGACGCCCAGCAUGCCGCCCAUAAUGUGCAGCGCAACGGUGACGGCUCCGACGACGACGUGCAAUUCAUUGGUGCCUUUGGCCCGCAGCAGGCCGGCCAAAAGUCGGAGGAGACCAAGGACGCCGCCGAUAAGAAGAGCAAGGACGCUGCGCAGGCCGCCAUCGAUAACACACUCCAGGCCAGCGACGCCAGCAACACGAAGGUCAACCAGCAGCUGGAUAAGGCCGAGGAUGCCGUGCAGGACAACCGCAGCUUCCUGGAGCAGGCCAAGGAGGGCGCGGCGCACGCGGCCACCGUCGUGGGGGACAAUGUGCAGUCGGCGGCUGCUGUCGUCGGCGGAUACUCUGCCGCAGCGACUGGGGACACCGCGCAUCUCGCCAUGGCCGCCUACGAGAAGGUGACGCCCGCGCUGGAUCCCAAUGCGCCCGCGACGACCGGCGACGGGGGGAAUGUGCCGUACAAGAAGGAGGAGAAGACCGUCAUCGAGCACAAUGUCAACAAGUAGACGCGCACCCUGCAUUUCCCUUUAUUUAUUCCUCUGAACUAAUCAUCUCGUCUCUCUCGCGCGGUCGCUGUACAAUCAAACACGGUUCCAACUGAUUAAGACUAUUGUCUGUGCAUUCCUGUUUAUUUUUCGAAUUUCGGUUCCCUUUUUUUGUAUGAAUUUUCGUUGGUGUGGAGCAAACGUCAUCGAGGAUGUCGAUUAGUUUUUUAUGCGUGCCUUGUUCUUUCCUAAAUCCUAAAAAUUAAUGAUCUCUGAACAGUAAUCUACAGCGUCUUUUGAGAGCGCCUUUUUUAAUUCGUUUUUUUUGCUCACUGGUGUGGUAAAAGUUUAUUAUUUUUGUACUGGAUACUGGUUUAGAGUGAUUACUAGAGCAUUAAAGAUUGCUUCAUUG